CCGGGAUCGGGAUCGGGAUCGCGAGCUCCGGAUCCCUCAGGAUGGAGCUGCUGCUGCUGCUGCUGCUGCUGCCCCUGGCCUCAGGUGGGCGGGGCCGGCGCUGGGUGCUGGAGGGACACACCUGUGCCCCGCCCUGGCAGGCCGCGCUGUUCCAGGGGCGUCGCUUCGUCUGCGGGGGGACCCUGGUGGCGCCCAGGUGGGUCCUGACGGCCGCGCACUGCCACGCCCCCGGCCCCAUCAGCGUCCGUCUGGGUGGCCGUGGCCGUCAGCAGGUGCGCCCAGGUGAGUCCCCCUCGGGGGGCGGCUCCUCCCCCUCAGGUGAGACCCCCCCAGGUGAGCCCCCGGCGGCGGGGGCGGGCUCAGGUGAGGCCCCACCUGCGCCAGGUGAGCAGCGGCGGCGCUCGGUGCGGAUCUUCCGCUUCCCCGGCUACAACGAGACCUCCAAGGACGGGGACCUGAUGCUGCUGCGGCUGCAGGUGCCGGCGCACCUGAGCCGCCAGGUGAGGCCCCUGCCGCCGGCGCGCACCUGCGCCACGCCCGGCACCGCCUGCCAGAUCUCCGGCUGGGGCUCCACCACCAGCCCCGAAGUGACGUUCCCCAAGGACCUGCACUGCAGCCAGGUGACGAUCGUACCUGAGCUCACCUGUCGCCGAAUCUACCCCGACUCCAUCACCCCCAACAUGGUCUGUGCCGGGGAGCCCCGGAGCCGCGCCGACACCUGCCAGGGCGACUCCGGGGGGCCCCUGAUGUGCAACGGGCGCCUGCAGGGCAUCACCUCCUGGGGCCCGGGGGUGUGCGGGGACCCCCGGAAACCGGGGGUGUACGUCAACCUGUGCCGCUACAGCCGCUGGCUGGAGGAGACCAUGGCACAGAACUGA